AUGGAAAAACCAAAUGUACUUCAAAGCUACCUUCUGCCAGACCACAUCCUUCCGAAAGGUCGAAGAUCACGCGUGUCUUCUCAAAACCAAAUAACCAUCAAUAUAUUAAGAACUGACAGUAUUAAAGAUACUGAAUCUAAAAAUCAAACUCUCCUGCCAAAGACCCAAAAUAUUUCCCCUACAAACGAAGGAUCCGCCAUAUCCAGAAACACAGAAUUCAAGCCUUCUCUAAUUCCAAUCCAAAGAAACACUAAAAAACGAAAAACUCUGAAUGACAGCCCUGUUUUCACAACUGAAGACUUGUCUGUACAUCACGAGAACGUAAAAGAGCUAUUUAAAAAUAUCUCUCCUGCUAUGUUUCAACGCAAGUCCAAAAAAUUUGUGAAGCUCAAAAGCCUUCCUCCAAUUGACCCGCCAGUAAAACUAGCGACUAAAUCAACAUGGAAUUUUGACAUAAAUAAGCCAAAACCUAGAAAAUUGACACAAAUCCAGUCAAAACCUGUAUUAAAGCGAAAUAGAUCUUUUGAAAUAUCUAAUAUCAACAACAAAUUAUGCCAUUUAUUGUGAUUGGAGGCUUCUAUUCUGAACUAUUAUUUUGUUAUCUGUUAGAAAUAGAUAAUAUAGCAGAUUAAAGAAGAUUUUAAAUCUAAUCGUUACUAUAAAUGAUAAAUUCCCCCUUAACAUCUGUCUGGAUAAAAUCAAUUGGCUUUCAACGAAUUUUUUCAAGCCAAAAAUCUCUGUUAAAACUUAA